CAAUAAGACAUGGUAUAAUUGAAGAUUGGGAUCUCAUGGAAAGAUUCAUGGAACAAGUAAUUUUUAAAUACCUUCGAGCUGAACCUGAAGAUCAUUAUUUUUUAAUGACAGAACCUCCACUGAACACACCAGAAAAUAGAGAAUAUCUUGCAGAAAUCAUGUUUGAGUCAUUUAAUGUGCCAGGACUAUACAUUGCAGUUCAGGCAGUGUUAGCUUUAGCAGCAUCAUGGACAUCUCGGCAGGUUGGUGAACGCACCUUGACAGGAAUAGUCAUUGACAGUGGGGAUGGAGUAACCCAUGUUAUCCCAGUGGCAGAAGGUUAUGUAAUUGGAAGCUGCAUCAAACACAUCCCUAUUGCAGGUAGAGAUAUUACAUAUUUCAUUCAACAGCUCCUAAGGGAGAGGGAGGUGGGAAUUCCUCCUGAGCAAUCACUGGAGACAGCAAAAGCCAUUAAGGAGAAAUACUGUUAUAUCUGCCCUGACAUAGUUAAAGAAUUUGCUAAGUAUGAUGUAGACUCACGUAAAUGGAUCAAACAAUACACAGGCAUCAAUGCAAUCAACCAGAAGAAAUUCAUUAUAGAUGUUGGUUAUGAAAGGUUUCUUGGACCUGAAAUUUUCUUUCAUCCGGAGUUUGCUAAUCCAGAUUUCAUGGAGUCCAUUUCAGACGUAGUUGAUGAAGUUAUUCAGAACUGUCCCAUCGAUGUUCGUCGUCCACUCUAUAAGAAUGUUGUUCUUUCAGGAGGAUCCACAAUGUUCAGAGACUUUGGACGUCGGCUACAGAGAGAUUUGAAAAGAGUGGUGGAUGCAAGAUUGAAACUCAGUGAGGAACUCAGUGGUGGAAGGAUAAAGCCCAAGCCUGUGGAAGUUCAAGUUAUAACACACCAUAUGCAGCGCUAUGCUGUAUGGUUCGGAGGCUCCAUGCUUGCAUCAACGCCGGAAUUCUUUCAAGUUUGUCAUACCAAGAAGGACUAUGAAGAAUACGGCCCUAGCAUUUGUCGUCACAAUCCUGUCUUUGGAGUUAUGUCAUAGUGUUUGCCUUUUGAAAAAGUAAUUCAGGUAGUCUCUUGUAGGUCAAGAAGUGUCCUUUGAAACCAGAGAAGAUACAAGUUGCUGUAAAUAGUGAUAUGAUCAGAUGUUUAUGUCCAUGAACUUUGGGAGUGCUUGGAUCACAAUGUUGAUGAAGCAUCAGCUCUACAUACAAUCCAGAAUCAUUUCAAGGAAAAGCCAUUUUAUGUCCUGACUGUUCUAAGCCUAUCAGUUCCUUCUUUCCUAAAUGUGGGUUUCUAGUUAAAAGGGAAAUAUCAGUUUCCAAGAGAGCAUAAACAUUGUUUUAAAAUAAUUGUUGGGAAAAAAAUGAGAUAACGGAAAUGUCUUGUCUCCCCCAGAAAGGAAAUGGGGGUGUAAACCUUUUCUCCCCCACCCUAUUUUUGUAAAUAAAAAUUAUAAUACAAA